CAACUAUCAACACACCGCCGAACUGAAUAGUCGCCAAAUCGAUAGUUGCUUUAUUCAAACUUUCACUUUGCAAAGAGACGGUUGAAAAAAUGGCUCCGAAAGCUUUUAUUAUGAAACUAAGUCCACCAUGCAGGGCCAUCCUGAUGGUUGCAAAAGCAAUUGGUCUUGAACUUGAUAUUGAAGAGGUUGAAAAAGAUCAGCUUAGAACUCCAGAAAUGUUGGAGAUGAAUCCUCAGCACACCGUACCAAUAUUGGUGGACGGGGAUUUUAUUCUAUGGGACAGCCACGCAAUUUCCGGAUAUUUGGUUGGUCAAUACGGCGAAGAUGACUCUCUAUAUCCCAAAGAUGACACUAAAAAAAGAGCCACCAUCGAUCAACGCUUGCAUUUUGAAAAUGGAAUUUUAUACACAAGAUGUCGCGAGGCAGCCCUCCCUCUCUUCAUGGGAGAAAGCGAAAUAGACGAGGACGUAAAAGACAAACUCAUCGAAGCCCUUGGCUUCCUGGAAUCCUUCCUAAACGGCCACGAUUGGUUUGCCGGUGACGAAGUCACAAUAGCCGAUCUGAGCAUCUUAUCGACGCUUGCCACUGUUGAACUGUUUAUUCCAGUGGACGCCGAAAGGUUUCCGCAACUGGACGCUUGGCUGAAACGAGCCAAAGAUUUGCCGUAUUUCCAUGAAACUAACGCUGAAGGCUUGCAGUUGUUUAAGGAGAUGAUGCCGAAUGCUGUUCCCUUUGAAGCCUGAACAUGUCUUGAUUAAACGUGUUAGAGUGAUUUAUUUUAAGAGUUGUGGUAUGUUUCAAACACAGGUUAUGUGUAGAGAGUUGUUAUUUUGUUAAAUUUUGUUAUUGCAG